UGCCCGCACUCUCUCUCUCUCAAAAGUAAAUAAAACAUUAAAAAAAAAAAAAAAAAGAAUUGCUAGUCUAGAACAUGGGUAAAAGGAAAAGCCAGAGAGGGAGCAGCCAGUGAGGUAGGAGAGAACGUGCAGCAAUGUGUUGUCUGGAGGCCCAGACACUAGACCAGACUGUCAAGUGGCGGAGAAGCUGGAGGAAGAGGAGAGCAGAAGAGUGCUCCCUGCACAGCACAACUCAGAGGCUGCUGGGGACCUCGCCAAGAGCAGGGGUGGUGGGGGCAGAAGCCCAGGGGAGUGGACUGAAGAGUGAACAGGACACGGAGGCAGAAUGCAGAAGGAAGAGAGAUGGAGCAGUGGGGGAGGGACUGUCGCAUGAGAUGGAGAGAGACAGAGAGAGAGGCAGAGACAACAGGCAAGUGAGAGAUGGACGCAGCCGGGAUGGAAAAGGGGAGACAGACGGAUCUAGUGAUAGGGGCCUGGCUUCUGAACGGAGCGAGGGCCUUUUCUCUGUCGUCCUGGAGGAAGGAUGGAAGAGAUGGAUGAGAUGCAGGGGCUUCUGUCCGGAAGGUGAGGGGACGGCUGACAGCUGGCUUCUGUUUUCUCGGUGGAGAAUUAAGUCGCCAGGUGAGAGUGAGGAGACCAAGGAGGGCACAGACCUAGAUCUCAGAGAACAGAAAUCAGAUUUCCCAGGACACGCGAGGGGGUGUGUCAGGCCAUCGUAGGAAGCUAUCUGAGGUUCAAAGUGAAGCCAGUCCGUGCAGCGAACAUGGGGAGUUUUCUAGAAGGGACCCUGAUUAUUUUUCUCCUAAAGUCCUCAGGUGUAUUUCACAUCGCUGAAACCACGCGGCACGUCCUCCCUGCCUUUUUUCACUUAACAGGAUCAUGAUCUCAUGGUUUAUUAGUUCAAGCCCUGCAUUGGGCUCGCAGCUAUCAGCAUGGAGCCCUCUUGGGAUCCUCUGUCCCCCUCUCUUCUGCUCCUCCCCUCUCCUGCUCCCCAGGACAGCAGAGGCAUUUCCCCACUCGUUUACAAACUCUUUACAAACAUUACUUUUAAUACUUAGAAAAAAUCCACAGAGUGGAUGUUCCAAGGGUCACUUAACCUUUCCCCCUUUUUCCUGGACAUUCAAAUUGUUUCCUGGCAAGGAUAUCAGAGUUCUGAAAGAGGCGGUGUGUGGUCUGGGAAAGAAAGGAAAAGGCAAGCUUGGAGGCAGGGCUGGGAUGUCUGGCACUCUGGCACCGAGAAUCCCAUCAAGAAGCUUUUAGGGGCCUCUUAUUGGCAACUGGUGCUCCUGACAGGUCACAUGCUAGGUUUUCCAGGACAUGAGGACAAAGAAUGGGACAGCAAGGUGAAUCUCACUGGCUUCUCAAAGUGCCCAGUGCCCAAUGGUUCAGGUAUGGAGCAUGGGGGAAAUAAGGUUGGGAGAGCCAGACGCGUGACUCCUGAACCAUUUAUAGUUUAAACACAUAUUGCAACAGCCAUGUUUGAGGUAGCAACAGGCCCCUUCACUUGCCUGUUUUCCCCAUAAUACAAGUCUGUUCUUCAUCCCCCGCUUCCUGGAGGGGGCAUUGUCCCAGGAGACCUGAUAGGAACUCAAGUCCCCUCCACAAAGCCCAGCAGAGGGGAUCUCUUUCAGCUGUGUGAGAAUGAAGUGGGCCACCUGAGCCAGUGGGCUCACCCACCCAGUAGAGGCCAGGAGACCACUUGGUGGACAUACUUUCCAGGGGAUACUGCCCUGGCUGGAGACUGCUUGUUCUGGGGUCAGCUGAAGCCACUUCCAACUUGGGGUUCUGUGAUUCAACAACACAGCAUUCACUGAAUCCUACUGUGAGCCAGGGACAGAAAGGCAGCCCACGUGGACAAAGCACCUACUGUGUGCCAAGCACUGGGCUUCCCACGCGUGAUCUCACCUACUUUCACAACAGGCCACUGAGGAAAGAAUCACCGCCCUGAGAUCGGGGAGUAUCAGGGCAGAUCCCUACAACAUGGGGUGGUGGAUGGAGAAUCCCACAGCAUUGCCUUUUCUUAUAGCGUCUGUACCCAAUAAAGGUAGGUUCCUAGUGGUGGGCUUCAGGCAUAGGUGUGGUAAGAGGAGUUUACGAGCCAAGAAGUUCAGUGUCCUCCCUCUCUUUGGGCUGGUGAGGGCAGAGCUGGGGCCAGAGGGUGACAAGGUCUUGUUUGUGUGUGUUUAUGGGAUUUGAGUUUCUGAUGGACGAUAAUCACUGCCAGGCUUCCCAACUGGAACGGGAGCGGGCACAGGGCCAGGACCUGCCGCCCUCUGGGGAGGUAUAAGAGCCGGGGAGGAGGGCCUCGAGCCCGACUGGGGCAGACGUGCCAGCCACCGCUGGGGGACCAGGGUGCCGAGCUAAAGCUGCUUCGGACAGACUUCCGAGUGGAAGAGUUGGUUCUGGAAGUGGCCCUCUGUCUGGGGAGAGUCUGGGAGAUGCACUAAGGAAACCAUCGGGCUGGACAGGCUGGUGGAGGUUGCCAGAAGCCAAGGUUCUGCGGCGCCUUUCCCAGCAGUGCUUUCUCCCCUGUGACGGCUAAGGACUCUUACUGCCAGCGGCUGGGCUCGGACAGGAGAAUGAAAGGUCUCCGCUGGCGUUACACUCGGCUGCCCAGUCGGGUGGAAGACGCUCUGUCUGUGGAGGAGGGUGAGGAAGAGGAGACAGCCCCGGCCCCAUUCUCAGCUCCUGUUCCUGAAGAUCCUGUGGAGCCCCAGCUGGCAGAAGCCAGCCAGGUUCUAGGAACCUCGGAGAUGAGGCAGCUCAGCCUCCACCUCCCGCCAAGAGUCACCGGACAUUCCUGGAGCCUGGCCUUCUGUACGUCGAGAAAUGGCUUCAGCCUGCGGAGCCUUUACAGGCAGAUGGAAGGCCACAGUGGGCCAGUGCUGCUGGUGCUGAGGGACCAGGACGGGCAGAUGUUUGGGGCCUUCUCCUCCUCGGCUCUUCGACUCAGCAAAGGCUUCUAUGGUACUGGAGAGACAUUCCUCUUCUCCUUCUCCCCACAGCUGAAGGUCUUCAAGUGGACAGGAAGGAAUUCUUUCUUUGUGAAAGGAGACUUGGAUUCACUGAUGAUGGGCAGUGGCAGUGGCCAGUUUGGACUGUGGUUGGAUGGAGACUUGUAUCACGGCGGAAGCCACCCCUGUGCAACCUUCAACAAUGAGGUGUUGGCCCGGCGAGAGCAGUUCUGCAUCAAGGAACUGGAGGCCUGGGUCCUGAGCGGAUGCCCCCAUCGUGGGAAGCUUCCUGAAGCAACCAGUGCUCACACUUGCCCAUGAAUGCCAUCUAGACCCUCCUUAUAGAGGGCUGCCCAUUU